CGCACAUGCGCACUGACCUCCUCCGAGUUAAUGUUAUUUACUCAUUUCCAAAAAUCCAAGAUGGCGGCUGUGAGCGGAGCGGAGCGGCCCCUCGAGCGCAGCGCGAGCCUCCGGACAUGGGCACGAGCGCAGCAGUAACGCGGAGGAGCGCGCCAUCUUUACUCACCUGAGGAGGAGGAGGAGGAGGGGGUUAAUAAGUGUGUGUGUGUGUACAGCGGGUCGUCUGGAACUUGUGUGUGUGUGUGUGUGAGAGGUGAGGUGGCCCUGCUCCAAAUGGCCGAACCCAGAAAAGUCCCCUUUGUCACUCUGCCGGGCCUCAGUGCCGCCGCUGCCCCGAGCUCUGAGGCCAAGAGGCGGCGCGUGGACGCGGAAAGCGAGGCGAGUCCGAGCCUGGAGCCGGGACUCGGAGCUCCUGAGGCGGCUGGACCGGGCAGGGAGCCGGGCAGGGAGCCGGGGCAGAGCCGGACCGUGCGGAUCAGCAUCACCCUGCCCGAGAGCACCGAGCACAGCGCUCCGGAGUACAGCUACAGCGACCUGCUGAGGGUGAAGAAGAAGAAGAAGAAGAAUCCUCCGUCUGUCACGCAGCCUGACGACCCGUUCAGUGACGAGCAGCGCCAGAAACAGGAAGUAGAAGCUCUGGCCAGGAAGUUUGAGGAGAAAUAUGGUUCAGGCUGCAGGAAGAAGCGCGAGGACCGGGUUCAGGAUUUAAUCGAUAUCGGGUUCGGGUACGACGAGAGCGACUCCUUCAUCGACAACUCCGAAGCUUAUGAUGAACUGGUUCCUGCGUCUCUCAACACUAAACUGGGAGGGUUCUACAUUAACACGGGCACGCUGCAGUUCCGUACCGCCUCCGAGUCCGAGAGCGACGACGCAGAGGGACACGCCCACAGCAUGGGUGAUGAAGAGUCUGAGAUGAAGAGGAAGAGGAGGAGAGAGGAAGUGGAGCUGAAGAAGAUGAAGAGUAACCGACUCGUCAAGACAGCUCGCCCAGAGAAGAAGAGGAGGAAGAAGCUGAUGCUGGCAGCGAUGCUGAGACGCUUCGCUCACGAGAAGAAAGAGAUGUGCGAGCUAAACCCGACCAGCAGCACGCAGCUCCUCCAUGGCGACGCCCUGCUCGGAGACCUGACCUCCGACCCCGCCAUGAUGUCACUGCUCACCUCGACCAGUGAGAGCGACCUGCAGGACCUGUUGAGUGACCUGGAGUUCAGCGUUCUGGACGCCGCGCCUCAGACGCAGCUCGCGGAGAACGGCCUGAUGUAUGCGGGGGAAGGGCUGAGAGCCGGGGGCGGGGCUAGCUUGAGCCAAGAGGCGGAGCUUGGGUGUCCUCCCCCCCUUCCCGAAGGUCUCCCCGCUCCGCUGAUCAAACGCAUCGAGGAUCUGCGUGUGGCGUCCAGGCAGUUUGAUGAGGAGGGCAGGAAGAAGUUCUUCACACUGGACAUGAAUAAUAUUUUAUUAGAUAUUGAGCUGCAGGUACAGGAACGCGCCCCCUCCGUUCGCUCGGCUGUGUAUUCUCAUCUCGAGGCUUUUGUUCCCUGCAACAAAGAGGCUUUACUGAAACGUCUGAAGAAACUCAGUCUCAACAUUCAGGAUGAUCGUCUCCGUGCUCCCCUGCUGAAGCUGAAGUGGGCGGUGUGCAGCGUGAUGCCCGAGCAGACGGCCAGAUACAACAUGGACUGUAUGGCUAAAGUCGCAGCCAAGCAGCAGCUGGAUGACGGAGAGAGAAACGGCUCUGAGGAUGAGGAGGAGGAGAAACCUGGGAAGCGAGUGAUGGGGCCAAGGAAGAAGUUCAUCUGGGACGACAAACUCAGGACUCUGCUGUGUACCCUGGUGCGGAUGAAGCUGAGGUGUUAUGAGCAGGAGAAGAGUUCUCUCUCUGUAGAGGAUUAUCUUAAAGCCUUCAUGGAGAACGAGGUCAAACCACUCUGGCCCAAAGGCUGGAUGCAGGCCAGGAUGCUGUUGAAGGAGAGCCGUACAGUACACGGUCACCUCACAGAGCCGGGGAAGAAGAGGAUCAUCUCCACCCCAAGACCUGCGAAAGUAAAGGAAACGGGAUGGCAACUCGGAACGUUGCCAGCUGUAAGCCCCGCCCCUUUCCCUACGUGCCCGCCCCCUGAGCCGAUCUGCUUGUCUGAUUCGCUGGAUGAAGAUCUGGCCACCAGCUCGCUCGACUCCAUCGCUCAGGCUCUCACGCUCCUCAACAACUCGGCUAAAGGGAUGAACCCAAACUCCACCCCCAGCACAACCUCCUCCUCCUCAUCCUCGUCCCCUCCUGUCGUAGCAAGCCCCGCCCCUUCCUCACAGUCUUCCACGCCGAAAGACAUCUCCUCAGUGCAGAGACACGCGGUGGCACCCGCUAGUCGACCCAGCAACGCUACCACAAAUCCUACGCCUGCUGCUAAGCCCCGCCCACCCCCGACGACCACGCCUCUCCAGAAGCCGUUUGGCGCGAUGGGUACAAAGCCCGGCCAAGCCACGCCUCCCACGGCCAUGAUGAAAACCGCAUCGAACAGACUGUAUGACAACGGCACGCAGCAGCCGAAUCUGACCUCUAUAAACCCUAAAAACUUUCAGCAAUUGGCCACGCCCCCGUCACCAUCAACCUCUGUUUUCCAGAGAAAGGCCACGCCCACUGGACACCACCAGCAGAGAUUCAUAACACCCAUGCAAGCCACGAUCACGAAGUCUUCCCAAAGUAGUAACUCUCCAAUAAUCAAACUUACACACCGCUCCUCUGCUCAGACCACGCCCCCUGUCUCCGCCCACCGCUCCUCUGCUCAGACCACGCCCCCUGUCUCCGCCCACCGCUCCUCUGCUCAGACCACGCCCCCUGUCUCCGCCCACCGCUCCUCUGCUCAGACCACGCCCCCUGUCUCCGCCCACCGCUCCUCUGCUCAGACCACGCCCCCUGUCUCCGCCCAUCGGCUCUCUGCUCAGGCCACGCCCUGUGGCUCUGCCAACCCCACCCCUGCUCAGGCCACGCCCUCUGGCUCUCCCCAUCGCCCUCUUGUUCAGACCACACCUCCUGCUCAGACCAUGCCUUCAGCCUCCACCCACCGCACCCCUGCUCUCGCCACACCUUCUGGUCCUCUUGCUCAAACUAUGUCUCCUGGCUCCGCCCACCGGUCUCCUGUGUCUACUCCCUCCCCUCCAGUCUCCUCCCAUCACCCUGCUAUUACCCCUCCCUCCCCAUUACCACUUUCUCACAGUAAUCAUCCUUCUGCCUCAAAUCCUCAAAACCUUGGUCCAACCCACCGAUCCACUGCUUUGACGCUUCCUCCUUCUGGCUCCACCCACCGCUCUUCAGCCUCAACCCCGCCCUCUGCCAGCUCCCAUCGUCCGCCGUUACAAACUCCUUCCGGUUCCGCCUUCCGCCCGCCUGUUCCCACCCCGCCUCCUAACCUUGCUCAUCGCUCUCCAGUAGCAACGUCUCCUUCUGUCUCCUCCCCAGCUCCUUCCUCGUCCCGCCCACUUGUCUCGACUCCACCUACCCAGUAUGGCCCAAAGAGUUCAGGGUUCAAAUCGCCGUUCGGCCCGUCCCCUGUAGCCACGCCCCACACAUCUUCCAGCUUCCAGGACUGUAACCUCACUUCCUCAUCUCUCACGACCAAUCACGGACAGAGGCAGAGAGCAGGGGGCGGGGCCAGUCAGAGCAACAAGUCUUCAGCCAACUGUGCCUCGGCCAUGGGACUGCCGUCUCUGUCCGACUCCGCCCUCUUAAACCAGGUGGCGUCUAUGCCGCUGGGUUUGGGGAUGUUCGGAGGUCUCGUUCCCGUCUCACUGCCCUUCCAGUUCCCUCUGCUGAACUUUGCCCCGCCCGGUGCAGCCACGCACACCUCCAGCUCAGGAUACACCCUGACACCGAACCUGUUUAAGAGUCUGCAGUCGGGGGUGCAGGCGGCGCUUCCUCCUCACCUGCAGCUCGCUUUCUCAGAGUCGAACCAAAGUCAGGGAGGAGACGUGAAGAGGAAAUGAGACGUGAAUGUAACCACAAAACCCCGUCACAAGGCUGUUACUACAUACACACAGCAUCUCUUAUUAUUAUUAUUAUUAUUAUCAAUAACUGAUAGACAUGAGAAACUUUGGUGUUGCUGUGUGUGUGUGUGUGUGUGUGUGAGAGAGAGAGAGAGAGAGUGAGAGUGUGUGAAGCUUCUGGACCUAAUCGAUUGGAACAAAGUGAUCCUCCUGUAACAGAUUUCUCUUCCAAUCUUCUUCACACACCAAAAAUAAAACAACGCACAUAGAAUAAUGAUGCAGAGGGGCGGAGUUCCUGAUUCCCUCCAAUCAGAAUGUGUGGGAGGAGUUAGUGUAGCAACCCAAGAUAUAUUAUAUUAGUGACUUCCUGUGUGUGUGCGUUCGCUCAUUUAGUCUGAAUUGUUUACAAAUUAAUUUGAUGAUAAUAUUUAACCCAGACAUGUAGCAGAGCUCCUCCUCUUCUCUCCACACGGGGGCAGCACCUCCUCCGUCUGGGAGCAGAGGAAACGGAAAAAGAAACGCAGCCGAACAUGCUGAACUCGUUGGCACCACCAGGGGGUGCUAAAGUGCACAGACUUUAAACACUGAAUAAUUAUGUGCAUUUAGUAAACUUAAACUUGUCUUCAUUUUAUUAUUAUUUUUUUUUUGUUUAUUUUACUAUUAGCGAUACUAUUUUUUUAUAGAUCAUGUGACCUCGGGCGUGGCGUCUGGUGGGGGUUUUGGAGCAGAGCAGAGGCGCGAGCGGGUCGUCGUCAUUUCGGAUUUUGUCAGUCAGCUGUUUACAUAAGACCUUAAUCACUGUGGAAGGAAGUGACAUAAUUUAUAUUUGUAUUUAAGUUUGUGCUGCUGUAUGUGUGUGUGUGUGUGUGCGUGUGUGUGUGUGAGAUACAAUUCUACACUCUUUAUCCAGUAGAAUGUUAAAAGCUGUUAGUGUUUGAGGUUUUAAUAAGUGCUUCAGUUAUUUAUGAGCUUUAACACAGCGACACUUGAGGCUCAUUCAGCAUUAAAUACUAAAGUUUAUAGACAGGAAGAGAAACGUAAACAUCUGCAUUACUGUGUGUGUGUGUGUGUGUGUGUGUGUGUAAGAGAGAGAGACCGUAAUAUCCCUCAGUCACUCAGUGUUUCGGUGCUGUAGACUCACACUGGACCUUGUUCUGAAACUUGAAGUUGAUUUAUUUUUAGAGAGUGAGUGUGUAUGUCUCUGUGUGUGUGUAUGUCUCUGUGUGUGUGUAUGUCUCUGUGUGUGUGUAUGUCUCUGUGUGUGUGUAUGUCUGUGUGUGAGAGAGAGACAAACCUGAGCUCGUACUUGAAAGUGUCACUUUUCAAUCAGCCGCGUGCCGAUAAUCAGUCUCCACGUCUAAUGGUGACGUUAAUCGCUCUGAGACACUAGAACGCUGUAUGUGUGCGUUUCUUCACCCUGGACCUUGUAGUGCACUAGGUUAGGUGUGGUCCCUAUACACUGCGUACACUACAUAGUGCACAUGUCAGUGCACUACUGAGUAUAACCUACCUCUGUACCUGUACUGCCCUACAGGGGGUGUAAACUUAAUGCCACUUAUAUUCCACACUAGUUUAUGUUCACUACGUCGGGUAUCGGUGCUGUGAUGAAGUGCGCACUAACACACUACACAGGGGGAAUAACUUGUCCGCAUAGGGGCGUUUCCGUUCCCACUGUAGGGGGUGAAGGAGUUCCUCCUGCAGCCACACUGCGCCCCGCCCUCCUCUCUGACUCUGACUCCCUCUACUGGACGAGUGGCGUCACUACACCCUACAGCGAGACUGAUCGUCGUCACGCGGCUGUGAACUGAAACGCCUUCGAUUGUGAGAUUAUACACUAAUAAACUAUGCAGGAUGCUUCAAAUGCAAAAAAAAUUAAUAAAACUUCUCAACUGUUAAGUGUGUGUGUGUGUGUGUGUGUGUGUGUGUGAGAGAUAAAUACCUCUGUUUAGUAUCAGCUCUUCCUCUUAAACCUGUUAUUUUCCCCUUUAUUUUAGACGUGUAGUUUGUAUUAGAGAUUAAAGGAACUGAUUGUUGGCCAAAGAUGAGCGCAUUAGCUACACUGUGUGUGUGUGUGUGUGUGUGUGUGUGAGUGUGAGAUACUGAACAUGCUAACCUCUGUAGCGUAGCUGAUCUAACCGUGUUGUGUGUACGUGAAUAAGACGUGGAGAGUUUUAACACUUUAUAAAGCUGGAGGUUUUGCUCUACAGUAGAUUAUUUUUGUCUGUGGUUCUGUAAUAAAACGCCAUCACAAGU